AGCCCUCCCUUUGUGAGCCAGUGGGUGUGUGACGUCACCGCUGAGAGGAGGGGCCCCCUUUCCCCUGUCUGGCCAAUCCUCAAGCUCGGCGACUAGGUCACGUAAGAAUCCCCCCUUUCAGGUUGCCAUGGUAACGUGCACUGGACCAGGCAGCAUCUUGCUGUGGUGAGAAGGGAAGACAAGAAAGGAGAGAUAGAGGGAGAGAACGAGAACAAACCACAGACAGAGGAACCUAAGCUCUUCAGCUGCUGCGCCUCUUCCCUCUAACGAAGAUGCUUGAGGCAGGGAGCUAAAGGCCUCACCAGAGCGGAGUGCGUGCUAGAGCCAGGGGCUGGUGCCUGACCAGAGGCCCCUGAGAGGGUUGCAGGUCCAUGGGGACCAUGGGGGAUCCUGGAGGCUUCACCACCACAGGGGAGCGGGUGAACCCUGCCCACGUAAUGUUUGACCGCUUCACCCAGGCAUCCACCUGUAAGGGCACACUCAAGGCCUUCCAGGAGCUCUGUGACCAUCUGGAUCUCAAGCCCUGCGAGUACCGGAUCUUCUACCACAAGCUCAAGUCCAGGCUCAACUAUUGGAAGGCCAAGGCACUCUGGGUUAAGCUAGACAAGCGGGCCGGCCAGAAGGAGUACAAGAAGGGACGAGCAUGUGCCAACUCCAAGUGUCUGAUCAUCGGGGCGGGACCAUGUGGCCUGCGGACGGCCAUCGAGCUGGGCUUCCUGGGGGCCAAGGUGGUGCUGCUGGAGAAGAGAGAUGCUUUCUCUAGGAACAACGUGCUCCACCUGUGGCCCUUCUCCAUCCAGGACCUCAGGGGCCUCGGGGCAAAGAAAUUCCACGGAAAGUUCUGCGCCGGAGCCAUCGACCAUAUCAGUAUCCGCCAGCUCCAACUGAUGCUGCUGAAGGUGGCCCUGCUCCUGGGCAUCGAGAUCCACGUCAACGUGGAGUUCAAGGGUCUCAUCGAGCCCCCCGAGGACCAGGAGAACGAGAGGAUAGGGUGGAGGGCUGAGGUCCACCCCAGGACACACCCAGUCAACGAGUUGGAGUUUGACGUCAUCAUUGGGGCAGACGGAAGAAGAAACACGCUGGCAGGGUUCAGGAGGAAGGAGUUCCGAGGCAAGUUGGCCAUCGCCAUCACGGCCAACUUUAUCAACAGGAACACCACGGCCGAGGCCAAGGUGGAGGAGAUCAGUGGAGUGGCCUUCAUCUUCAACCAGAAGUUCUUCCAGGACCUCCGGGAAGCCACGGGAAUUGACCUAGAAAACAUUGUCUACUACAAGGAUGACACGCACUACUUUGUCAUGACUGCCAAGAAACAGAGCCUGCUGGAGAAAGGAGUCAUUCUGCAUGAUUAUGCAGACACAGAGAUGCUGUUGUCUAGGGCUAACGUGGACCAGGAGGCUCUUCUCUCCUAUGCCCGUGAGGCCGCAGACUUCUCCACCAACCACCAGCUGCCCACUCUGGACUUUGCCAUCAACCACUACGGACAGCCCGACGUGGCCAUGUUCGACUUCACCUGCAUGUACGCCUCAGAAAAUGCGGCGCUCGUGCGCCAACGCAAUGGACGCCGGCUACUAGUGUCUCUGGUGGGGGACAGUCUACUGGAGCCCUUCUGGCCCAUGGGCACUGGUAUAGCCCGGGGUUUCCUGGCAGCCAUGGACUCAGGCUGGAUGGUGAAGAGCUGGGCCCAGGGAAACACCCCUCUGGACGUGCUAGCUGAGAGGGAGAGCAUAUAUCGCCUGCUGCCUCAGACAACGCCAGAGAACAUCAGUAAAAAUUUCAGCCACUACAGUGUGGAUCCCACCACGCGCUACCCUAACAUCAGCCUCCACUUCCUCAGGCCCAACCAGGUACAACACCUCAUUGACACAGGGGAUUCAAGCAGUGAAAUGCGUAUCGAAAUGGAGAAUGUAGUCACCUCGUCAACACCCAAGCUCACCCGAAAUGAGUCCAUCGCUCGCUCCAGCAAGCUGCUGAACUGGUGUCAGAGACAGACGGAGGGCUACAGGAAAGUCAGUGUGACCGACCUCACCAUGUCCUGGAAGAGUGGCAUGGCCCUGUGUUCCCUUAUCCACCGCUAUAGACCUGACCUCAUUGACUUUGACUCCUUGGACGAACGGGACCAACAGAAAAACAACCAGUUGGGAUUCGACGUGGCCGAGCGGGAGUUUGGAAUCUCGCCCUGCAUGACGGGCAAGGAGAUGUCCCAGGUGUCAGAGCCCGACAAGCUCUCCAUGGUCAUGUACCUCAGCCAGUUCUACGAGAUGUUCAAGGACACAGUUCCCCCUGGGGCCGGAGAUAACCAAAACAUGAGCCCUGAGGAGAAGGCUGCGUUGAUCAACAGCACUAAGUCUCCCAUCUCCUUCCUUAGCAAGCUGGGCCAGAGCAUCGCCAUAUCCCGCAAACGCAACCCCAAGGACAAGAAGGAGAAGGAUGUGGAUGGUUUGGGGAAGAGGAGGAAGACUAGCCAGGCUGGCCAUUCUGAAGAAGAGGAGGUUUUGAGGGGUAACCAUGAUGACAGGCCGUCCAACAGUACUGCUCUAACGGAGAGGAAGAUGAAGGAAGAGACAGCAGCUGUAGGGAACCAUAACAAAGUCAAGUCCAUGGCCACCCAGCUCCUCGCCAAGUUUGAGGAGAAUGCUCCUGCAGAGUCCAAGGGCCUCAAACGACAGGGUUCCCUGAGGAAGGAGUUCCCCCAGAACAUCGGGGGCAGUGACGUGUGCUUCUUCUGCCGGAAGCGUGUGUACGUGAUGGAGCGGCUGAGUGCCGAGGGCAAGUUCUUCCACCGUAGCUGCUUCAAGUGUGACUACUGCGGAACGACGCUUAGAUUGUCAUCCUACGCUUUCGAUGUGGAGGAUGGGAAGUUUUACUGCAAGCCGCACUACUGUUACCGCUUGUCUGGUCAGGCUCAGAGGAAGAGGCCAGCACCGCUCCGUGCUCUGCUCAAUGCAAAGGACAACCAGGCGUCCUUGCCCGCCGUGGUCACCGUGGACUCCCCCGGGAGGGGGGAGAUGGCAUCCCUGUCUCCCGCUGAGCGCCAGACCUCAGUCCCAGAGGUCAACGGGCUGCAGGAGCCCAGCCUGCCUAAGCGUCUGCGGGGCACGCCGGAGCGCAUCGAGCUGGAGAACUACCGUCUCUCUCUGCAGCGGGAGGAGGAUCUGGAGGAGGUGCCCGAGGAGACGCUGGCUGAACACAACCUGAGCAGCGUGCUGGACAAGGACAAACACGCAGAGCUGGGCUCCAGCAGCUCUGAGUCUGACAUGGAGGAGGAGGACCAGGAGGAUGAGGACCAUGAGGAGGAGCAGCAGGAGCCCCCCAGCCCCUCAGACCUGGGAGGGGUACCCUGGAAAGAGGCUGUGGAGCUCCAUGCUAAGCUGAAGACCGACAGCGACCCAGGGGCCGAGGGAGAGGACGGGGCUCAGGCUCAAAUUGUUAGAGACCUAAAGGUGGAGGAGGAGGAAGAUGAUGAAGAGGAGGACGAUGAGGAGGAAUCGAGUGAUGAGAACUGUGAGGAUGAUGACCCGGAAGCAGAAGAUGGCAGCCAUGAUUUUGAACUGGGCACCGAGAUGGACCAGGAAGACAUUCCCUCCGACGCGGAGGCUGAGGCUUGUCUACACCAGUCAGAGAUCAGUGAAGCAUUUCCUGAAGAGGACAAGAAGUCGGAAAGUCAGGGUCUCGCCUCCAGCAUUGAACAAUCUAGUGUCAGUCCAGUGAAGUUAGUUGGGGAAGUUGUGCUCUUGCCAGUCAAACCACCGACUCCACAGCCUGAUUCACAGAUGUCUCACCCCUCUCCCUGCCUGGUCAAAUCCCCCGGCAUGCACUUUUUCCCAGAACCUUUUCCACUGGAGGACAUCACAACACCACAGAGGACAGCUCAGACUCCUAAUGCCAAGAGCCCUCCAUACCCUGCACCCACUAUGUCCCCCAUCCACUCCCCCGUUUGUUCCCCCGUCCAUUCCCCUAUCUGCUCCCAGCCUGUCCCACUGCUCGAAACCGUCACCACCAAAUCCCCUGUUAACUCUCCGUCAUGCUCCUGUCCCCCGACAGGGAACCCGCUGUCUCCCAUCUGUGCCCAGCCACUGCCCUGCCAAGAGUUUUCCUCAUCCCUCACCUCCGACUCCCCCGUCAGAACUCAGCCUGUCCCUGCAGUCACCUCCACGCCGCUGGUCAAACCAGCCUCAUCUGACAGGGCUAUCCCCGAGCCACAAAAAUCCCUAGACUUAUCAGACCUGGAAACCCCUGUCAAGAAGACGGACAUCAUCGAGGAGUUCUGGCUGAAGAGUGCAGAGAUCAGAAAGAGUCUGGGUCUCACCCCAAUGGAACGUAGCAGCAGCAAAUCCCCAGAGAAGAGUCCUGUUACUGUGGGAAGGGUUCCCACCCCGGACUCCUCUUCGCCCAAGUCCUACACCCCAGAGGACUUGUCGGAGGAGCUUUCCCCUUCCCCGUCCCCCUUCACCGGCCCCUCGGUAAUCCGCAGGCUGAACAUUACAGUGGAGGGCCAGGUCAUCUCCCCCGUGGAGCCCAAGAGCAAAGCCACGGAUCAAAGGGACCUAAGCAGCAGCUCUGGCCUGGGCCUCAAUGGCAGCACGACCACCAGCCAGACCAGCCAGGCAGCCAGCAACAGUUACAACACCUCCGAGUCCACCAUGCUCACCCCACCCUCCAGCCCCCCGCCGCCCCCACCCAACGAGGAGCCAGCCACCCUAAGGCAGCAGCAGAAGCACCAUGUCUCCUGGAACAAUGGGAUCGAUGGCCCCACUACACCUGAGCCAGCCAAGGCAGCACCCACCAAGAUCAAGAGCCCUGUGCCUGCACCGAGGACCCAACUCAGCCCUGUGUCUGUGCCCAAGCCUGCCCCCAGGACUACACUGGUCACGUCACCAAUCACAGCUCCAGCCAAUGCUCCAGUGGUGAUCAUGAGACGGGAGAAGAACAGCAAACCACGUCGGGAAGAGGUGAGGAAGUCAUUUGUGGAAUGCAUGGCAGAGAUCCCGUUUGCAGACGACGUGGAGGACACGUAUGACGAGCGGACGCCAGACACAACCAUGGACAGGUUCUACACCCCACCCACAAGCAGGCCCAACAGGGAGAGGGAGAAACCUCCUCUUCACUUGGCCCUGGCUAUGGAGAAUGGAACAGCCAAUUUCCCCGAGAACCAGCAGGCCUCAAAAAACCUUAAGGCCCAGCAGUUCUCCCCUGAGGCCAAGGAAAUAGCUGAAGAGCGGAUGAGAGCCAGAGAGAAGUCAAUCAAGAGCCAAGCUCUAAAAGAUGCUAUGGCCAAGCAGCUCAGCAAGAUGAAAGAGACGGACAUGGCCAAGGGCUCUGCCGCCACUGCUAAAGUGGUGUGGAACGUGGCCUCAUCAGAGACAUCCGGAAAAAGUACUAAGAAGUUGUCCGGCUCGCCAAAGACGUCUGCGGUGGAAGCUCUGGAGUCAAAAAAGGCAGAGACUUUGCCAGAGCUUUUCUUCAGCAGUCAGGUUAACAAGAGUCUGGACGGCUCGACUGUCUCCUCUGACUGCUCCGCCUCGGGAGGCAAGAGCAAGAAGCGCAACUCCCUUUUCUCGCCACGCAAGAACAAGGAGAAGAAGAAAGCCAAGAACGAGAGCCGGCUCUCCGACAAGCAAUGUGCAGACGAGACGCCGUCGCCUCCCAAACACAAGUCCCUGUGGAAGGCAGUGUUCUCAGGGUACAAGAAAGACAAGAAGAAGAAUAAGGAUGACAAGUUGUGUCCCAGCACGCCAUCCAGCUCUACCACAAAUGACUCGGGGAAGAAGAGAUCAUCUCCUCUCGGGAGGUCAUCAGAUUUGAAGUCGCGCCGAAACCGGAGCUUCUCUGAGGACUCAGAUCUGUCAUGUGAUGAUGUGCUGGAGAGGUCGUCCCUGAAGUCUAAGGCAGAUUCUGUUUAUGUCCCUCACGCAUUGGCGUUCAAGAGAGCGUACGCCACAAAGAAAACCUACACAGAGGAGGAGCUCAAUGCCAAGCUGACACGGAGGGUACAGAAAGCUGCCCGGCGACAGGCCAAGCAGGAGGAGUUGAAGAGGCUGCACAGAGCCCAGAUCAUCCAGAGACAGCUGGAGCAGGUGGAGGAGAAGCAGAGACAGCUGGAGGAGAGGGGCGUGGCCGUGGAGAAAGCCCUGCGAGGGGAAGCAGGGAUGGGCAAAAAGGACGACCCCAAGCUCAUGCAGGAGUGGUUCAAACUGGUCCAGGAGAAAAACGCCCUGGUGCGAUACGAAUCUGAGCUGAUGAUAUUUGCACGAGAACUGGAGCUGGAGGAUCGCCAGAGUCGACUGCAGCAGGACCUGAGGGAACGAAUGGCAAUUGAAGACCACCUGAAGACGGAGGUGGAGCUGGCGCAGGAGAAGCACAUCCUGAAUGAGAUGCUGGAGGUGGUGGAGCAGAGAGACUCCCUGGUAGCCCUCCUGGAGGAGCAGAGGCUCAGUGAGAAGGAGGAGGACAAGGACCUGGAGUCUGUCAUGCUCUCCAAGGGCUUCAACCUCAACUGGGCCUGAGGAGGAGAGACUAAACUCACCAUCCACCGUAACUCAGAUAAUACACUACCCCUCCUCUGUGUCAGGGCUCAGUGAAGGCCCAACCCACGGUCUCAUGCUUGGUCCCAGAUAACCCAGCAGAGAAUGUGUGCAGAAUGGAGUUAUCCCAUUACGGCUCCUCUGUUGGAGCAGUCUAUAAUGUUUACAUAUCUACCCUGCCAACAGCCAGGCAUCAUUACCUCCAGUGAUAUCUCCCCUCACUAUCAAAUCACGGUGGGAGGAGCAACUACAGCCUGGACUUUCUCAGAACUUCAGAAGUUCUUGGAGCAGUUCUCCAGAAUGGGGAACUAUUGUUUAUUAUUUAUUUUAAUCUCAAACACGCAAAGGGAAGAAAGAGGUUAGGUCCUGCUGAUGUAAAGGACUUCAAUGUAUGAUACCUGUUUUAAUGUACUACAUGUGUAGAACACGACAUAUUAGCAAAGCGGGGGUUUUCGAUGAGGGUAGGCCCUUGACCUAUUGACUGUUACAGGGUUUCUGUGGGAAGGGGAGGAGUGGUCUCACUCUCAUUCUAACCUCAUAACAUACUCUACUAUUGUGACUGCUGACUGGGGAGGGACAUCCUCUGCUUUAGUUGCCUUUCUCUCCAAUUACACAUUGGCUUCCACAUUCUGAGGCGCCAAUAAGGAUGAGAAUCUAAAAGUCCCAUCAUUUUUUUGCACAGAGAUUCACCUGAAGGGUCAACACUAAGGAUCAAUGGAAUCUGGUCACUUGGUUGUUUUGUAUUUAUUAGCUUGGUUUGAUAGAGAACCUGAAUGAACUGUUUUUGGUAUUUUCCGUAUUCACGGAGGAGAGUGCCUGAACUGGAGGCUCGACGGAUUGCACAUGUGCUCUCUUUAUAACAUUGACUGCAAGGAAAUCAACUGAACUCCAUCACCAAGAAGCCAUUGUGUAAGGGGUGGAGGCUGCUGCAGACUCAGAAAAAGAUCCUGCAUUACAUUGUCUUUGACUCUGAAAGUUGUGCUGGUGUGAAUAGUUAACCUGUAGCAUAGAUUCAUUGACAUAUGUACACUUCAGCAAGCAACCCACUUGACACAUCUCUUGGUGUCCUAGUUCUGAGUGAUCAUGUGGCUUCUCCAUACCAUGCCAUUCACCAUAAAUCACACUGAUAUUUCAUUUUAUAAUCAGUAGCCCUUAUUCAAUACUAAUUGGCAUAUACCAUGAAAAGUCCUUAGUGUAGGUUAAACAGUGAAGAGAACAACAUUAGGGGCAGUGUCUUAUUGGGCUUACACAGUAUCAAUGCAUCGUGUUAUCAUAAUACCAUAAGUGAACUGACAUCACUAACUGGUGUCAUGAGACACUUACGUCAGUGGAUAUGCUUCAAUAUCGAAGUUCUAAACCACAGAACUCUGGCUUCGCUAUCCCUGGUGCUGAGGUACAUUACCUGCUUUGGAGCAAGAUGCCCUUUUCACUUCUGUUUUAAUAUUUAAUUUUUAUUUUUAGUGUUUAAACUUUUAUGUAUCCCACCAGAGGUACAUUUCUAUUUGGUGUUUUUUGGUAAAAUCCUUUCAUACAACUACAGGUUGUCAAACAGCAGUUAUGAGUAGAAGUGGAGACAGGAAGGUUGCUCUAAACCACUUCUAUUCUGUCAGUCACAGGAGCAUGUGCUUUUGUUUGGCGUUUGACCUUACUAGCCUUUCUGCCAAACUGUAAAUCUUUGGUUGGUCACAGUUUUAUAUAUUUUUCUGUAUUGAUAGAUACACACAGUGAGAAUUUGUGUAAGAAUUAAACGGAGCUGUGAAUACAAAAAAGUUACAUAAUUUCAAGGCUGGUUUAGAUGGUGUGUGAUAAGUUUGACAGAUUUUAUUGAUAUUUAUAAACAUGUGUGCAAAAAUGUAUCAUAUGUAAAGAAAAAUGAAUCCUAAUUUUUAAAACUGUAUGUUGACACACAACAAAUAUGUAAAUGCUGCUUCAUUUAGCCAAAAUGCAUAGGGUGUUGGAUGUAUGCUGAAACGGCAAUAAAGCAAUGCAGUUGUUCAUUUAGAAAAGCAUGUCUCCUUUUAUGGGUAGGCUUCUGUAUAAACUUACUACAACUAUGAUUUUAUGAUAGAAAUGUGAAUAUUCACCUUAAUGACUGUCCUGCAUAGUAGGCUACCCUCUGUCAAUUCCACUUAUUUGGUCUAUUCCAGAACUAGCACACCUGAUGAAAAGCUGAGCUUCAUUAUGUGCCCAAUUCAAACUAGGAGUGCUUCUUUUGUGGCAUAUUAAAUAAGUGCAACUGUCUCAGAAUCUUCCCAACAUGUGUUACAUGAACCUGGCGACAAAUUAAUUAAAGGACGUUUUCACUUUUACUGUA